AGACGAGUUUAUGGUGGCACUGGCACAUGCGCUGGAUCGCGGAGCUGUAGAAUCGCCAAUGCGGAGAGCUUAAACAAUCUCGCCAGCCGAAUCUCGUCGAUCAGAUCAGAUGGCAGACAAAAUAAGGAUCACGGAGUGUGCAGAGAUAUCCAAUCCAAGCACAUCGGAGGUGCUCAUUGAAGAGAGAAGAUCCUUGGGUCCGGAAAAGGAGACGAGAUCCUGUCCUGGGCAGCGCCAGGAGGGGAGGAGUUAAUACCUGCGUCCCCUGGCACGUGUGGGUCGCCCCGUAUGAAAAAGCUCACUGGCCGGACCAUCCCCGUACCGAGAUCUCGCGGAUUCACUCGCCGCACUGGGGAUCUCCUGACCGAUCGCUUCCUUUCCCCCUUCCGUAACAGGCAAGAAGCGCGCCCCCCGCGCGUGUAUAUAAGCGCGCAGCACCGGCCCAAGGCUGGGCAAGACGGCGGGUCGUCGGAGUCGACAGGGGAGUCCAAGCUUCAGAUGGCCAGCGUCGGUGGAGCAGUGGCCGGGGGCGUGGGGGCGCCGACGCCGCACGUCCUCGCGGUGGACGACAGCUCCGUCGACCGCGCCAUCAUCGCCGCCAUACUCCGGAGCUCCCGGUUUCGUGUGACUGCGGUGGAAAGUGGGAAGAGGGCCCUGGAACUGUUAGGCACGGAGCCGAACGUGAGUAUGAUAAUCACCGAUUACUGCAUGCCAGAGAUGACGGGAUACGAGCUGCUCAAGAAGGUCAAGGAGUCGUCCAAGCUGAAGCAGAUCCCGGUGGUGAUCAUGUCCUCGGAGAACGUCUCGACCAGAAUCAGAAGAUGCCUGGAGGAAGGAGCAGAGGAUUUCCUGGUGAAGCCCGUCCGCGCGUCGGACGUGUCGCGCGUCUUCAGCCGCGUGCUCCGGUGAGGACUCAUGGAGCGGGGCUGGCGCGCGCGCGCGCGGCUUCUGCUUUUCUAUUUUUUGUAGGGGCUCUCGGGAUGGCAGGCGCGGGAAACGAAAGUCGUAUAGGGGUAGUCGGUGUCUGUAAUCCAAGUGCUGUGAUGUAGCCGUGUGGGUGUGGUUACGUUUUCUUGUGUUUGCAUGGUAUACUUAGCCAAGGCCAGUCUACAAAGGCUGGUUGGUCUUCGUGUGUCUUUACACUUCCUUAGCCUCGUUGGAUUUUGCAGUUCAGAGCAUCAAGCACCUGUUCACCGAAAACCAAUCCUAUGCAUAGUUGUGGUCCAAAUCUAGAUCAGGCCCACAUGUCAGUGACCCAUCUGCAGUUAUCUCAAGAGAAGUAACUACAGAGGAUCGUAUUGUCUGGUCUUCAGUUAUGUACUAGGUGAAUGCCCGUGCGUUGCUACAGAGUGAACAUGUUAUAAUAAAAUAUAUUGAAAUUC